AUGCUCCACCCGCUCAAACUCCCUCCGGGCCUCCAGCUCUACACCGCUCUCGCCGCGGUGAGCAUCCCGGUUGCGUAUGCGCUCGGUAUCAAGUACUCGCAGUGGAGAGUUCGCCGCCGCGCACGCCGUGCGGGCGCAAUCAUCCCCAGGCGAUGGGAGGGCAAGCGCAUCGGCAGCUUGGACCUCCUGCAGUACGGCAUGGAGCGCUUCCAGAACGGCUACAUCGAACGCGAGUUCGGGCACGUCCAGGAGUUGUAUAUCAUGUGGGAUUCCAUCUACCUCACUACCGACCCCGGCAUAACCAAGUACAGCGCAGGACCCGAGUUCAGAGACACCAUGCACUCGGUGCUUGGAACUGGGGUGUUCAACGCCGACGGUAUGUUCCAUCGCACGAUGACGCGCCCGUACUUCUCUCGCGACAGGAUCUCCCAUUUCGAGCUGUUCAACAGGCACGGUGAUUUGGCCAUCAAGAAGAUGAAGGACCGCUUCGCGGCCGGCCGCGCCCUGGAUUUCCAAGACUUGGUCGCGCGCUUCACACUGGACUCGGCUACCGAGUUUCUCUUCGGAUCGUGCGUGAACAGCCUGCACGCGGACCUGCCGUACCCGUACAACGACCCCGAUGCGAAGCUUUACGCUCGGGAAGCGAGCAACGUCGAGGCUUUUGCGACCGCCUUCCUCGGCGCACAGAACGUAAUCUCCAUCCGGAUGCGCGUUGGGUGGAUGUGGCGCUUCAAGGAGCUCUUCUACGACGCCGGAGCGGAGCACAUGCGUGUCGUCGACGCGUUCAUACAGCCAAUUCUCGAGGCGGCGAUUAAGAAGAACAAGGAGGCGGGCAAUGCGGGCGAAGAGUCUAAGGACAACGACAAUGAGACGCUUUUGGAUCAUUUGGUGAAGUUCACCGACGACUCUCAACAUCUGAUUGCGGGCCGAGACACGACGGCGACAACGCUGAGCUUCGCGGUAUACCUCUUGUGUCUCUACCCGGCAAUCGGGCCUACCGCGAUGCCUACGUUUGAUGACAUCAGAGGCAUGAAGUACCUUCGCGCGGUAAUCAACGAGACCUUGCGGCUCUACCCAGCGCCGUUCAACGUUCGUGUCGCAAACCGUGACACAACGGUCCCGAACCCCGACCCCACGCAGCCUCCAUUUUUUGUGUCCAAGGGCACCAGCCUUGCGUAUUCCGUCUUCUUGAUGCACCGUCGAAGGACCUAUGGGGCCCCGAUGGUGUCUUUGGAAUUCGACCCCGAUCGGUUCUUGGACGAACGUGUGAACAAGCACUUCACCAACAAUCCGUUCAUCUUCUGCCGUUCAACGCCGGGCCUCGGAUCUUUCGCCUACAAUGAGAUGUCGUUCUUCCUCAUUCGGCUGCUCCAGAACUUUUCGCAUAUGGAGAUGGACCUGGCCGCACAGCCGCCUGAGGCGCGCCCGUCGCCAGAGUGGGCCAGCGCGGAGGGCCAGAAGGGCCGGGAGAAGGUCGUCGCCAAGUCACACCUGACGAUGUACAUCCACGGCGGGCUCUGGGUCAGGAUGACGGAGGCCGAGCGCGAGACCUGA